GUGCCGGUUGUGGUUUGUUGUGCUUUGUGCAGUGAAUGUUUUGUUGUGCUUAAUUUACCUUACUUUUUUACGUUUGCCUCUGUUAAAAUCACAUUUUUCAUGGAUACUGACAACGAACUAGACAUCGAUAGUCCCUUCGUGAAGAAAGAAAACAGCUGCAAAAUUUGUGGUGAAAAUGAAGGACCGAUGGAGUCCAUCUUUUGCAAUGCAGACGACAAAGCGCUGCUGAACAAAAUCUACAAAUGUACCCGGGUAGAGGUAAGGUGACGCCGGUGUGUGGAUUGAUUUCACCCAUCUGCGAGUACUGCCACCGGCGGAUCGAUCAGUUCGACGAGAAUGCACAGCCGAAGGUGGUUGAGUUUGUGAUCAAGACAGAGCUGGAACCCGAACCACUCGAUUAUGAUCCGCUCAACGUUGGCAACCUGAUCGAUCCGAUGGCUAUUGAUGUAAAAUCUGAACAUGAUUCGGAAGAGGAAAGUGACUACAGGGAAAAAUGCAUACAACGACGGGGAACAAGAAUAGUGAUCAAAAGUCCACCCCGCAGUAGAACGACACGCAGACCCCGGAGGUUGAAUUCCGGCUCCAUAAAGCUACAGCGAGGCAAUAGCAAAGCCAGCGAAAAAGGGUCUUCCUCCGAUGAUAGAAGUUCAAAUGAAGGAGAGGAAGAGGAAGAAGAAGACAAUCUGUCGGAACAUUCCAGCGAACCACGGCGGCCUGUAAGAUCCUCACGCAUAUCCUCUCCGGAAGAGGAAAAGCCUAAAUCCAGCGACAGCGAAUCAGAGCUCGGCGAGGAGCCAGAGUUUGAGGAUGGCAAUGAGUCCGGCCUGGAGGAAGAAACCGACCACGCAAGCCUUUCCGAGGAAGAGCCCAAAAAACGGGGACGUCCUAGGCGUGGUCAAACGGGGGCGAACAGGAAAAAACCGAAACGUGCAGAAUCUCCGAAGCAAUGUGAAGUGUGCGGCAAGCAGGUGCAGUAUAUGCGGGAGCAUAUGCGCCUGCACCGGAUAGAGUCGCAGCACCCGUGCCCGCACUGUGAUCGAACGUUUGUGCAGGCAAACAAUCUAAAGUACCACAUAAGGAAACAUUUGGGCGAAAAGCCGUUCGCCUGCAAGCAGUGCAAGAAGCAGUUUUACUGUGAGGCACACCUCAAGUCGCACAUGCGAGUGCACGGGCCGCAAGGGCUGUUUCAGUGUACCAUGUGCCCGAAAAGCUUCAACCAGGAGUGUAAUCUGAAGAAGCAUCUGCGGGUGCAUACGGGCGAGAAGCCGUACGUGUGUGACAAGUGUGGGAAGCGGUUUAACAGCACUUCCAAUUUGAGGAAUCACGCACGAUUGCAUUCGGACGAGCGGCCGCUGACGUGUGAUCACUGUUCGAAAAGCUUCGUCGAUGUGCAUCAUCUGCAGCGACAUAUACGGGUGCAUACGGGAGAAAGACCGUACAUUUGCCAUGUGUGUUUCCAAGCCUACUACUGCCAGACCGGUCUGAUGGACCACCUGAAGACGCACAUCGAGAAAAAGUCUUUCAAGCUAGAUUAGCUAAAGAGAAUCAAUUGCAGCUUGCUUUGAUCACGUUUGGUAGAACGUGUAGCGCGAUUCAUCGGGGGAAUGUGCCAAUAUUUAGGUGAUGAAGAAACACACCUCAGGAAUAUCUGAUGAAUGCGGAUAGCAAAAACUUUCAAUAGUCGGAUUAAUAGGGAAACUUCCAAGAUGACAGCUGGAUCAGUAGGAGGUGAUCCUGCUGUGUGACGCUGCUUCGCUACCUCAUUAAACACCUAAACCUAGAGCAGACACACGAGCAGAAGUAGGAGGAUGGAAGCAGCAACAGCAGCAAGCAGCAAAAGUGCAACAAAUCAACUGACAACGGAUGAUCCUUUCUCGAAUAAUCUUGUGGAUGCUAGUUGUGGGUUUGUUGGAUGAAGUCUCACUCUACGGUAGAACCUCCGGAAGCAGUAGAUCGUCACGCACCAUCAGUAUAAGGUUGAGAGCGUUGAUCAUGCUGCAGAUACUUACUUACUUACUUAUCAGGCGCUACAACCGCUUGGCGGUCGAUAUCGCUCACGGUUUAACGCCGUCGACUGCCAAUCCGUUAUCCCGGCCGUUCUGGCGGACGCAACAACG